UAUGUGCCCUGUGAGAGAGAACUUCACACCUGCACACCUGUCUGAGGUCAGCAUCUCAUCUGAACACACUUUGAAGCAGUAUCCACAUCUACAGGUAACAUCACCAUGUUCCGCUGCGUGACAUCUGAUCUGGCAGUGCUGCUGCUGCCUAUGCUUCUGCUGCUGUUGCUGAUGCCUAGCUGGAGUUUUCCAGCCCUGACCCCUGGCUGCCACCUUUACCCAUUCAACGUGACCAUACGUACAGACAAGCGAGGGACCUGUCGAGGAACUCAGCUGGUGUACGCGUGCGUGGGCUACUGUGAGUCCAGCGCGUUCCCCUCGCGCUACUCUGUGCUGCUGGCGUCAAACUUCACGCGCAACAUAACGUCUGCUUCCCGCUGCUGCACCAUUAGCAAGGAUGCCAAGAUCAAAGUUCGUCUGCACUGUCCUGGAGGCCGUCAUCAUGAUGAUAUCGAGAUCUUGACUGCGCGUGCCUGUCGGUGCAACAUGUGCCACAAAUCCCGUUAUUGAGAUCCCACGUGAAGAACGUGACACUCAUGCAGUAGGCUACUGGACAAGACUAAACUAUGCAGUUUGUUUGUUUAUUUGCUUGUUUUUAUUUUACUUGUGAUUUACAUACCGAUAUUCUACCAUUGAAAAAUUUGGGGUCAGUAAAGAUUUAAUACUUGUAUUCAGCAAGGAUGCAUUAAACUGAUCACAAGUGACAGUAAAAUAUUUUGCAUUUAUAAAAAAAAUUAAAUAAAAACUAUUUCAAAUAAAUGUUCUUAUUUUAAACUUUCUAUUUAUCAAAUUAAAAAAAACAACUUCCACAAAAAUAUCAGGCAGCACAACUGUUUUCAAAAUUGAUAAUACAAAGUAUUUCUUGAGCACCAAAUGAGCAUAUUAGAAUGAUUUCUGAAGGAUCGUGUGACGCUGGAGUCUGAUAAAAAUUCAGCUUCCUUGUCACAUAAAUAAAUGACAUUUUAAAAUAUAUUUUAAAAAUAUUAUUUAAAAUUUUAAUAUUUAACAAUAUUACUCUUUCUGCUAACCGCUGCCCUCGUGAGCUUAAGAGAUUUUCUUUCAAAACAUUUCCGCCCUCAAACUUUUAUACAGUUUAAUACAAUAAUCUCCUUUCUUUUGAUCUUGUAUCUAAAGUUCUAAGACGACACAGUUUGAAACAGCAUGAGUGAAAUGUUCUCCAGUGUGGUGUAAAGACAGGAAGCAAAUAGCUACAUAAAGCAAUGCAAUAUAAAAAAAGGCAAAUAGCAUCAGAUACUCUCUAGUUCAAAUACAAAUCACUUUUCUAAUGUCGGUGCCACCUAAUGACAUAAAGAAUGUAUCUUACGCAAUGUAUAUUUAUAAGGUGAUGUUUGCACAAAAUCUGUCUAAUCUUUUGAAAUAAAGGAGUACAUGAUG